AUGUCAUCCCUCCACGGCAUCCUGGUGGCCCUCAUCACCCCAUUCAAUGACGACAAGACCGCCAUCGACGAUAGUCGUCUGCAAGCACACAUCGAGCACCUCAUCCAAGCCGGCGUCCACGGUCUCGUGCCAGGCGGUAGUACAGGAGAAUUUACCACAAUGACAGUGGCUGAACGCAAACAGCUAACAGAGCUAUGCGUGAAGUUUGCCGAUGGUCGCGUCCCCGUCGUCGCAGGAACAGGCAGUCUCUCUUCCGCCGAAGCAGUUGAGCUCUCUGUGCACGCAGCCAAGGCCGGUGCCGCAGCGACCAUGGUCGUGCCCCCAUUCUACGACCCCGUUUCCGUCGAUGAGCUACACGAGCUGCUGGACGAGAUACACAAGGCUUCCAACCUCCCCAUUGUCUUUUAUAAUAUCCCCAGUGCGUCGGGUCUCAAGCUCAGUCCUACUGAGAUUGCUGGCUUGUCGAAGGUUGGCGUCAAGUAUCUCAAGGAUACCUCUGGUGAUGCGCCUGCUUUGACGGAGCUUAUCUUCAGUCUUUCAGAUCAGAUUACUUCUUUCAAUGGCUGGGAUACGUUGACUUUCUAUGGUCUUGCUGCUGGUGCGCCUGGUGGUGUUUGGGGUGCAGCGAAUAUUAUCCCCGAGUUGGCAGUUGAGCUUUAUAAUGCGGUUGCUGUGGAUGGGGACUUAAAGCGUGGAAGGGAGCUUUGGUCUAAGGCUUUUCCAAUUUGCAAAUUCCUUGAGUCGCACAGUUAUGCUGCCGCUGUUAAAACUGGUGUUGAGCUGAUUGGACAACCUACUGGUGGUUUGCGUAAGCCUUUUGCUCUUUUGAAGCCCGAGUUGCAGGCAGAGCUUAAGAAAUUAUUGCAAAAUGCUGGUGUAAAGACUAUUUAG